AUGGGAAGGGCCAAGAAAUCCUUGAGAGACCUAUCGCGACUCUCGGGACGCCCACUUUCGGAAACUCUCUCCCCGUCAUCAGUGCUGGAUACAUCCCCAGACAGGCAAGAAGGAACAUGGGUGACCUCGCCAGACCUAAAGGAAUAUGGACUGCCAUACCCACUAGAAGAAAUUCAAAGCACAACAUUCUUCCUUAUCGCGAACCCAGGCCUGAACUCGAGCGUACUGUUCCGAGCUGAUAUCCUGGCCGAUAGCGAUGCAGAGACAGAGACGUCCCAACAAGCAGUGGAAUCGUUCCCUGCUCGACAUGUGCCUGGGUUCGAGCUGACCAGGACGGUAGUCAGGAGGUUGAUUCCUAGGAAUUCCCAGCUCGAUCGGCCGUUGGAACAGACAUGCCACUUCUAUAUGUCUGUGUCUUCUCCCACUGCAGAGUCGGAGGCUGGCAGGAAACGGUUCCUGGUCAUUUAUACGCCACACGUCUCCUCGAAGGAGGAAUUACCUUACUACCAUCCGCGUCUUCAGUCAUUGGCUUUGCUAUAUGAGUGCGAGAAUACUUUUCAACCCCCAGGCUCAGAAUCUACAUCUGGAGAAUCUCCCCAGACAAACGAAACAGAACCAGGAACAGGCACAAACAUAAUGUCUAUCCACUUCCUGCCCUACCCAGCCGAAUCCGUCCACAACCGCUUGGAGCGCACUCUAGGUAACCUCUUAGAGGUGCAAAUACGAGUUACGAGAGGCCGUCUUCUCAAUGCCAAAGCCAAAUCCCAAACGGUGCAAUCCAUUAUAGCCCCUAUAAAGGAUAACGUGAUCCCCCGUCACCGUGUCCAAGAUACUUACUCGCGGCUUAAGGCCAAGUACGCGGUAGACCUGUGCUCUCGCUGGGUUGAAAGCACGGAGCCGAGCAAGCAUGUCUUCGAGGACUUGGGGGUUGCAGCCUUCCUGGUGGAGUUGUGGCGGGAUAUGUAUGGCUGUGUUCCUGCAGAUGAACAGGAACAGUCCUCAACAUCUAACGUUGGCGGCUCCACGCAAGCACGGGCAAAAUCUCAGUUUCCAGGAUUCGUAGACAUUGCCUGUGGAAACGGCGUACUCGUCUACAUCCUCCUCAAGGAGGGAUAUCCCGGCUGGGGCUUCGACGCGCGCCGCAGGAAAACAUGGAGUAUCUUCCCCGCCGAUAUACAAGAGCGUCUAAAGGAGGAAAUCUACAUCCCUGAACCUUUUGCAGUCGCACUUUCCACACGGGACGACGACCGUGACCAGCUAUUACCAGUAUCUGCGUCGCCAGUGUCGUCAGAUAGCACAACCUCGCCUUCUCCCUCACCAUCCCUUUCCACCAUCCACAAAAACACCUUCAUAAUCUCCAACCACGCAGACGAACUCACCAUUUGGACACCCCUCCUAGCAGCCCUCCUCAAUCCCGCCUCCCCGCCCCCGUUCCUCGCAAUCCCAUGCUGCUCGCACGCCCUGUCCGCCGCAAGGUAUCGAUACCCCGCUCAAACACCAUCGACACCAGAAAAGAACAACCGGAAGCAGGAACCAUCCUCCGCACCAGGAAUAGAAACAGGAGACCUAGCAGCUCUCCGCAAAUUGCGUCUAACGGAGCAGAACCCGCACAGCGCGUCCUUCGGCACAUCUACCUACGGCGCACUUACGGAUAAACUUGUUGCUAUUUCGACUGAGGCUGGGUUUGAUGUGCUCAAGACACUGCUGAGGAUUCCGAGUACGCGGAAUAUAGGUGUUUUAGGGUCAUUUUCUACAAAGUGUUCUACCGGGGCCAAUGGGGGUACGAAUACGGGUGCGGAUGCGGAUGAAGAAGGUGUCGAAGGGGAGGUUCGAGACCGGAUUACGUCGAUUGUAGAGAGGGAGUGUGCCCGAGAUGGCGGGGUUUAUUCUGCUGCAAAGAGUUGGGUCGAUAGGGCUAAGGGGUUGAGAGCGGGUGUUGGUGGUAAUGUGCAUGGGCAUUAG